AUGCGCACUUUCGCUUUCUGCGCCGCGGCGCUGCCGUUGAUCAGUGCCAUUACGCCACCCCGCUUCCCGCAUCAGCCGCUCGGAAACGGCACGAAGCGUCUUACCUACAACAUCACUACCGACGCCCCUGGACAGCUGUCAGCCUCAGCCCGUUCAUUCAGCUGGGUCGGAACCGGGGCUGAUGGCGACUACAUCUACACUGGCAGCAACGGAGAUUUCUUGUUCGAAAACGUUGCGACCGGCCAAUCGAGCACUUUCCUCUCCGCCGACAAAGUCCCGGCGGACUACCAUGACUACUCUAUUGCGCCAGAUGCCGAGCACGUUCUCUGGUCUGUCAACUACACCAAGCAGUACCGCUACAGCUACUUCGCCGACUUCCUGAUUCAGGAUGUUGCAAGCGGAGAAACGCAGCCGCUGGACCCCACUCUUGCCGGCGACAUCCAGUAUGCUGAAUGGAGCCCUGUGACACCCGGUCAGAUUGCAUUUGUCAAGGGUAACAACCUAUACAUGUGGAACAACGGUACAAUCACCCAGAUCACCACGAAUGGUGGCCCAGACUGGUUCAAUGCUGUGCCAGACUGGGUAUACGAGGAGGAGAUCUUCGGUGACCGUUACACCCUGUGGUUCUCCCCUGACGGCUCCAAGAUUGCUUUCCUCACCUUCAACGAGACUGGCGUUGGCAACUUCCGCAUCCCUUACUACAUCGACGACGGUGCCGAGUAUGUUCCAGUCUACCCCAACGAUCUGGACCUCCGCUACCCCAAGGUCGGCACCAAGAACCCUGUCGUCGGCUUCAAUAUCCUUGAUGUCGAGUCUGGAGAAGUCAGCAAUGUCCCGAUUGAUGCCUUCCCAGAGGACGACCUGGUUAUCGGCGAGGUUGCAUGGCUUACCGAGGGUAACAGUCUUGUCACUUACCGCGCGUACAACCGUGUCCAGGAUCUAGAGAAACUUGUCUUGGUAGAUGUAGACUCCCUUUCUUCCAAGAUCACCCACGAGCGCGACGGAACAGACGGUUGGCUCGAGAACAACAUGCAGAUCCGCUACAUCGGCCCGGUCUCGCGAGCCAACUCGACAUACCGCAAUUCCAGCACCGAAUACUACUUGGACGUCUCCGACGAGAGUGGCUGGAAGCACCUGUACCUCUUCCCAGUCGAGGGUGGUGACAAGAUCGCGCUCACAUCCGGAGAUUGGGAAGUGCUAGAUGUUUUGAAGGUCGACUACAAACGUGGCCUUGUCUACUUUACUUCCACUGAGCAGCACAGUACUGAGUCGCAUCUCUACUCUGUCAGCAUCACCACUGGUGAGAAGAAGGUGCUCGUUGACGACAGCGUGUCCGCGUCCUGGACCGGUUCUUUCUCGUCCGGUGGCUCUUACUAUGUCACUCGCUACGCCGGCCCUGAUGUUCCUUACCAGGAGCUAUACUCUGUGAACUCAACCACCCCCAUCCGCACCAUUGUCGACAACAAGCAAUUGGUCGAUAGGCUCUCCGAGUACGCACUCCCCAACAUUACCUACCUCGACAUGGCUCAUCCUUCCGGCUUCACUCUGGACGCCAUGCUCCGCCUACCACCGAACUUUGACCCCAGCAAGAAGUACCCUCUUCUUCUCAUCCCAUACGGUGGCCCUAACGCUAAGGAAGUCACCAAGAACUUCAACCCUCUUAACUGGAAAGCCUACGUCGCGUCUGAUUCCGAGCUUGAGUACGUGACUCUCACCGUCGAUGGCCGCGGUACCGGACGUAAGGGCCGCAAAUUCCGUGCUACUGUAACUUCCAACCUUGGCCAGCUCGAAGCUGAGGACCAGAUCUGGGCCGCUAAGGAAUUGGCCAAGAACUCAUGGAUCGAUAGCGAGCACAUUGGUAUCUUCGGCUGGUCGUACGGUGGCUACCUCUCCGCCAAGGUCGUCGAAGUCGGCGACCCCAUCAUCUCUUUCGCAUGCAUCACCGCCCCCGUCUCCGACUGGCGCUUCUACGACUCCCUCUACACGGAGCGCUACAUGAAGACCCCCACCAUCAACCCCGAGGGCUACAACCGCUCCCGCGUGCACGACGCCACCGGCUUCAAGAAGAUCGCUGGUGGUGUCGUCAUCCAGCACGGCACUGGUGACGACAAUGUGCAUUUCCAGAACGGCGCUGCGCUCGUGGACUUGCUCAUGGUCAACCGCGUUACUCCUGAGAAGAUGAUCAACACCUUCUUUACCGACAGCGACCACAGCAUUAACUUCCACAACAAUGGCAAGUUCUUGUACAGGCAGUUGAGCAAGAAGCUGUUUGAUGAGAAGGCGAGGAAGGGAGAUAGCAAGGGUGGACAUCAGUGGAGUAAGAAGAGAGGGCUGAGGAGGUUUGAGGAAUAG